AUGGAACUGAGCAACGACGCUCGUGGGUGGAUCAUGUGCAUCAUCAGUGGUGUUGCUUGCGUUUUCGGAGCCGCCAUCAUCUUUGUCGAUGCGCUUGUGCGACUUUUCCCGGGCAAGCAUAAAUUUCGCAUAGCGGAGAGCAACGUCUUCUUGGCCGCGUCCCUAAGCCUGAGCUUCGGUGUCAUGCUCUUUUCAGCGAUUUACAGCAUGCUACCAGAGGCCAAGGAAUAUCUCAAGAAUGAUAACUGGUCGGAUCGGAAUGCGGGACUCAUCAUGAUGGGCUCGUUCGUGGUGGGUUUCUUCGGUAUCCAGGCCAUCUCCCGCUUGGUGCACCAGUACAUGCCGUCACACGUCGUCGACUGCGACCACACCCACGAGGACUCGCACAAGCACGACCAUCACGACCAUCACUCGACCGAGCGCAGGAGCAGACACCGCUCACAAAUCGCCGAAAAUGGCAUCACAGCAUCGGAGUCGACACCCUUGCUGGCGAGCGGCGCCCCCCAGUUGGCACCCCAGCAGAGCGAUAGUGCUGUUCUGCAGUGUAACCAGACCCUCGACUCUGCGCCUGCGAAUCGACCCAGGGUAGCCAACGACUCAGCCAGCCUGAGAAGUCGACCGAGCAUGCUCCAGGUGCAAGAUAGGGUCAUGUCCUUUGUCAAGGACACCAAGCGUGAUUGCGAUGCGGGAGGCUCAUGCUACGGGUACUCGGACCCCUGUGGCCAAGAAUGCUUCAAGCAUUUGGGCAAUCGAUCCUUGCUAGCACCGCGACAUGGCAGUUUGAUACGAACCACGACCGGGCCAUUCUAUCCAGCCUCUGGCUCUGCGUUGCACGGAGCAGGGCGCAGUCGAUCGCGAGACGCGGCCCACGGUCCCAAUCCGCCGAGGACACUCCUCAGCCGAGCGACAUCACGGGAACCUCUCAGUCCGCCCGAAGAGGAGGACGCAGACCAGGGAUACCAGAUGGAAGAAGACUCGUCGUCACUGACCAGCAGCGAUGUCGAGGUAGACGCCGAAUCGCAACACCACCAUCACGUGCCUGAAAACGCCUUUCUCUCCAUUGGUCUCCAGACGUCAAUAGCUAUCGCCCUUCAUAAAUUUCCCGAGGGAUUCAUCACCUACGCCACCAAUCACGCCAACCCGUCUCUGGGCUUCAACGUGUUCAUGGCCCUCUUCGUGCACAACAUCUCCGAGGGAUUCGCCAUGUGUCUUCCGCUCUACAUGGCCCUGGGCUCCCGCUGGAAGGCCAUGCUCUGGUCAGCCAUGCUAGGCGGUCUGUCGCAGCCGAUGGGGGCUGCUAUUGCUGUCCUCUGGUUCAAGGCGGCGAGCCACACAAACAUCCAGCCGAAUGCGGUUGCGUAUGCGUGCCUCUUUGCCAUUACUGCUGGCAUCAUGGUCAGCGUGGCGCUGCAGCUGUUUGUGGAGAGUUUGAGCCUCAACCACAACCGCAACCUUUGUAUUUUCUUUGGCUUCACGGGCAUGGCGAUCCUUGGAUUCAGCAACGCCUUGUUUGGUGGGCACUAG